AUGAAAAAGAUCAAGAAAUCCCCUUUUGGGUCCUCCACAAAUCCACCAUUUCUUCAUCUUCCACUCCAAAUUCUCCUACUCUACCUAAAAUCCGCAUCUGGGUUUGGGUCAAUGGGCCCUAUAUCAGCUGCAUUUGGCGAAAGCAGCUUCUUCUGUGCCAUCGACGCCAGUGGCAAACAAGAAGUGAUCUGUUGGGGAAACAAGAGUAGCUCUUCAGUACCAUCAUCAAGCCCGUCGGUCUAUUCCAUCAAUGUGCCCCCAAUAGCUGCUCUCUCCGGUGGGAAUGGCUUUCAUUGCGGAAUUUUAGCGAACAAUUCGCAAGCAUACUGCUGGGACUCUAUUGAUUCGAGUACUGAUCUUGUUCCUCCGAUCUUCAAAACUACUUCUUACUCACAUAUCGCCGCAGGCAAGAACCAUGUCUGUGCAAUUAGAGGGUCCUACUAUUCGGAGAACGAUUUGGGUACGGUUGAUUGUUGGGACAUUGUUAGAAUUUCGAAUAAUAGUUUUAGUUCAAAACAGAGUACUAUGUUGUAUGACCAGUCCAUCAGUACACUUGUUUUUAGGAAAAUUGUUGCCGGUGAAGGGUAUAGCUGUGGUGGUGUUAGAGAAGGCGGUAUUGUGUGCUGGGGCCCAAAUUCAGCUAAUUUGGGAGUUUCAAAUAUUUCGGAGAAUUUUGUGAACUUAGCAUCAGGCAUAGGUUCUCUUUGUGGUGUCUCAGAAUUAUCUGGUCAUGUCAAAUGUUGGGGGGCCAUCAAUUCAUAUGUCACUCCAGUUGGAAUUCGGUUUGUGUCGUUGGCAGCUGGUGCACAACAUUUUUGUGGGAUUCGAGAAGAUAAUCAUGGGAUUGAGUGUUGGGGGAUCUUUAAUACCUCAUCAGUUCCAAAGGGUGGUUCAGGGUUUUUGGCGAUUGCUUCGUCUGAUUUUAUCACAUGUGGUUUAAGGGAAACUGAUUUAGUACUUGAUUGUUGGUUUGCUAAUGUCCGGUCACCACUGGACUAUGAUCCUCCAUUGCAGUUGUGUAGUCCAGGUUUGUGUACUCCUGGUUCUUGUGGUGAAGGUAAAUUUGCUUUCAAUGCGAGCCUUCUCAGUGAACCAGAUUUGACAAGUUUAUGUGUCCGGAAAGAUCUAAAGAUUUGCAUACCUUGUGGAGUAAAUUGCUCCGAAGGAUAUUUCCCUUCUAGUUCAUGUAGUGAGAAUGCUGAUAGAGUAUGCACAGAAUGCUCUCUUUGCCAAAACAGCUCAUGUUGGGGUGUCUGUAGGCUUCAAUCUUCCCCAGAAAUGCAGAAGCAGCAUCUGCAUCAAUUGAAUAUACUGGUGAUCAUAAUUGGCUCUUCUAUUUCAGGUAUCGUUUUGAUAUUGAUUAGCUGGUGUCUUUUACCCCGACUCAUUACUGCCAAAAAUGGAGGGAAAAGGAAACAAUUUGCAUCCUGCAUUGGCAAUUCGGAGUUGGAAGUUGAUGCAAGUAUUGAUCUAAAUACUCCUGCAUUUGUAGCCCCAUGUCCUGGAAUGGCUCAAGUUUUUCGACUCUCAGAGCUGAAGGAUGCAACCAAUGGGUUCAAGGAGUUCAAUGAGCUUGGCAGGGGAAGUUAUGGUUUUGUUUACAAAGCUGUCCUCGCAGAUGGGAGGCAAGUGGCAGUAAAAAGGGCCAAUGCUGCUACCAUAAUCCACACCACUGGCCGCGACUUUGAAAUGGAGUUGGAGAUCCUUUGCAAUGUCCGACACAGCAAUAUUGUGAACUUGUUGGGUUAUUGUGCAGAAAUGGGGGAAAGGCUGCUUGUUUAUGAAUUCAUGCCCCAUGGGACACUUUAUGACCACCUCCAUGGGGGACUCUCUCCUCUGAAUUGGACCCUCAGGUUGAAGAUUGCACUGCAGGCUGCAAAAGGGCUAGAGUAUCUUCACAAGGAUGUUGUUCCUCCAAUUGUCCAUCGAGAUGUUAAAAGUUCAAAUAUUCUAUUGGAUGCCGAUUGGGGAGCACGAAUUGCAGAUUUUAGGCUUCUAACUCCAAAUGACAGGGAUCUUAAUGGGGACAUGAGAACUGAUGUACACAACUUUGGGAUUAUACUGCUUGAGAUUCUCAGUGGAAGGAAAGCUUAUGAUAGAGAUUGCAUGCCUCCGAGUAUAGUUGACUGGGCAGUGCCCCUAAUUAGACAGGGCAAGGCAGCUGCUGUAAUUGACCGAUAUGUUGCUUUACCAAGAAUCGUUGAACCUCUUCUUAAACUUGCUGAUAUAGCAGGACUCGCGGUGAGGGAAAAUCCUAGUAAGCAUCCUACUAUGUCAGAUUUGGUGCUUUCCUUGGAGCAACUGGUGAAGGAUGGAUUGUUAUUGUAA